AUGGAUUCCAUCGAUUCGAUAAUGAAUAGCGUCGUUGAGAAGGCGAUGGCGGAGCAGAAGGAAGAGGAUGCCAAGGAUCUAGAAAAGAUGUUGAUUGAAGAAGCUGCCAAGGAGAGCAAGCAAGAACCAGUAGGCUCGGAGGAUGUCGAGAAAAACGAGAAACCCGAGGUAGCAAAGAUCGAAGAAAACGGGAACGAGGUGAAUAAAGAGGAAGAAGCUCCAAGGCGAAAACGGUUCAGCCUGAACGAGACACCAGACAGUCCACCACAGAAACAGCCAAAAGUUGAAGAUUUCAUGCCGAUUGAAGUUCUCCAAACUCUUCAACAACUCUCUACUCCAAAACUAGGCAAUAAUGGUCUACCAUGUCGUCCAGAAGCCAUGACGAUUGUCAAUGGAAAGCCAACGCUUCCAGAUAUGGAACCUCUUCAGCAGUGCCAACAACUUCAACAAAUCCAAGGACUCAUUCACUACCACGAACAACAAGUCAAAUACAGGUCUUACAUUCAAUUGGACAUGCUCAGAAGCCUCCGAAAGCAGCUCAACGAUCAAAUGCUCCUCCAUCCACACCGUCAUCACUACGACGCAAUGGUGGAGGCUGCUAAGAACAAUCGUCUGACACCAUUGUCGUUGGCGGAGAAGAAUCAACUCGAGUACUUCUCUCAAAUGGCCGACUGGACCUUGGAUGCUAGGGCUAUUUUGCAAAACAAGGAGACACCAACCUAUCUCAAUCUUCUUGGAAAGCAAGUCAUCGACUUCAAGACUCGUCUCAAUGAGAUUACUACUCAUGAGCAAUUCCAGGUGUUCGGACCAUUGUUCGCGGAGCGCAUCGACUAUCAUCGUGAGCUGAUCCACACUCUCAACCGCCGCUCGAUGGUCAGCAUCUCCUCCUAA